GCUCCGGCUGCCCAACCCCCCUCCCCUACUACAUACCCGUUCGGGCAACGAGUCCUUGGAUCGCCCCUCCACACCUUCGCAGAUGGAUUUACCAGUCCGGUUCAGACGCCGCAGGGCAGUCCCAGCAAAAACAGAUUUCCCCCGGGCGCCCUAGAUCUACCAAAUGUCUUCGAUAAAGCGAUGAAGCUCAACCCCACCUCGCCCAACAAGGGCACCUACGACCAUUACAGCCACCCCAUGUUUUCUCCGAAAAAAUCGGUGGAAGACUUCAGUGAGAGCGUCAUUCGACAGCCCCCAGGGAGUCCGACGCGCAAAGCAAAUAAGGAGAAUACACCACCGAGUCCGACGCGGGUGGGCAAAGACUUGGGCCCAAAUCCCGCUGCGGCCGCCAUCUCUCGUCACCAGCCGUAUCAGCCACGCGAUGUCGAGAGCAUCCAGAGACGUCAGGUGCAGAUGCGGGGGUUGACGCCGGAGGAGAUGGAGAAACUGCAGAACCCUCGGGUAAAACGAUUGGUAAACGUGACACAGCUCUAUUUCCUCGACCACUAUUUUGACCUACUCAGUUAUGUGCACAAUCGCCAAACUCGCUACUCUCAGUUCCGAACGGCCUACCCGGAGCCGCCCGCAACUCCCAUGGAUGACUACGAGCCGGCCCUCCUCAAAUAUUUGGGUCGGGAACGGGCCCACCUCCGCAAGCGCCGCACCCGUCUCCGCCAACACGAUUUCCAGAUCCUGACGCAGGUCGGCCAGGGUGGCUAUGGACAGGUGUAUUUGGCGCAGAAGAAGGAUACCCGGGAAGUGUGCGCAUUGAAGGUUAUGAGCAAGAAGCUACUGUUUAAACUGGACGAGAUUCGGCAUAUUCUGACCGAGCGCGACAUCCUGACAGCCGCCAAGAGUGACUGGCUAGUCAAGCUCCUCUACGCUUUCCAGGACGAGGACCAAAUCUACCUUGCGAUGGAGUAUGUGCCCGGUGGAGAUUUCCGCACACUGCUCAACAAUACGGGAGUCCUGCACAACCGCCACGCGCGAUUCUAUAUUAGUGAGAUGUUCAGCUGCAUCGACGCCCUGCAUGCGCUGGGGUAUAUCCAUCGCGAUUUGAAGCCAGAGAAUUUCCUGAUCGACUCCACGGGCCACGUGAAACUGACCGACUUUGGCCUGGCGGCAGGCAUGCUGAACCCCGGCAAGAUCGAAUCCAUGCGCGUGAAGCUGGAGGAGGUGGGCAACACGCCAGUGCCGUUCGGUCGUCCGAUGGAGCAGCGUACGAUGGCCGAGCGACGCCAGGGAUAUCGCACGCUCCGGGAGCGUCAAGUCAACUACGCCAAGUCUAUCGUUGGAUCGCCAGAUUACAUGGCGCCGGAGGUAUUGAAGGGCGAGCAGUAUGAUUUCACAGUCGACUACUGGAGCUUGGGGUGCAUGCUGUUUGAGGCCCUGGCGGGAUACCCACCUUUUGCCGGUGCCACGGUCGAUGAGACAUGGCAGAACCUGAAGAACUGGCAAAAGGUGCUGCGCAAACCAUUGGUCGCUUCGAAGGAGAGACGGUUCAAGAACAUCCAGGAGAUUCACGCCCAUGACUAUUUUGCAGAGGUUGACUUCAACCGGCUGCGCGAGCAGCGUGCGCCGUUUGUACCCGAACUGGAUUCGGAGACGGACGCAGGCUACUUCGACGACUUUACCAGCGAAGCGGACAUGGCCAAGUACAAGGAGGUCCAUGACAAGCAACGCGCAUUGGAGGAAAUGGCAGAGCGAGACGAGAAGAUGAGCAAGGGUCUCUUCGUCGGGUUCACAUUCAGGCAUCGAAAACCGGCCAUGGACGGAGGACGCAGCUCACCGCGCAAACCUAUUGCGACGGAUGGGUCGUUCGGGACGAUGUUUUAACGCGUAUCUUUUUCCCUUCUUCAUCUUUUUCUUCCCUCCUUACUAGCACGGUACGAGCUGGAUCUCGAAUUGGCCAUGACUGGAUUUGAUGAGCGAGUAUAUGUUUAAUGUUCAUGUCUGACUGUAUGCAUUACCGGGUCAAGGGUCAUGGUCUGGAGUUGAGUGUAAUUGCUUGUAUGAUACAUAGAGGUAUCGUAGACUGAUAAAACGAAAUCCAAAUAUUCAAACCAAGUCAUACCA